CCGAGCCCAAUAGUUAAUUGAUAUUUCCUGUUAUCAAUGUCAUCCUAAUUCGAUAUCUAUUCAAGUCACACCUCAGGCGCAGAGCACAUAGUAAACACACAUUUUCAGUUGAAACUACUAUAUAUACACACAACACACAUAUGUAUGUAUAGUUCCAGAGUACAAAUGGCGUAUUGCGUGUGUGGAACAACCCUUAAAACCUUGAAAUUGGCAGCAUUUUUUAGACCUAUGGUCACUAAGAGACUAUUCCAAAAGCCUCAUCUUAUGUUACUUACAAGGGCUCUCACUUCCCCUGCUAUCCAAGCCACUGUUGAUGUAGCUGCCCCGGAUAGCAAAGAUGUAGUUGCAAGGCCUCAGUGGAAAGCGGCGAUUGAUUUGAAAUGGAUUCGAGAUAAUAAAGCUGAUGUAGCUGAAAAUAUUAGGCAGCGGAACUCAGCUGCCAACUUGGAUCUUGUGCUUGAGCUCUAUGGUAGAGUGUUCAAACUUCAAAAGGAAGUCGAACGGCUACGUGCCGAGAGGAAUGCAGUUGCAAACAAAAUGAAAGGAAAGCUUGAAAUUUCUGAGCGCCAAAAAAUAAUAGAAGAAGGAAGAAUUUUAAAGGAAGGUCUGAUUACAAUGGAAGAAGACCUACUUAAGCUUACAGAUGAGCUCCAGUUGGCAGCACAAUGUAUACCAAAUAUGACACAUCCGGAUGUUCCAAUAGGAGGUGAAGAUUGCUCAACAUUGAGAAAAAUGGUGGGUAAUGUUCGCGAGUUUAGCUUCCCUGUCAAGGAUCAUGUCCAACUCGGAAAAGAUCUAGAUCUGUUUGAUUUUGAUUCUGCUGCUGAGGUUAGUGGGUCAAAAUUCUAUUACCUUAAAAAUGAAGCAGUUUUACUUGAGAUGGCACUCAUUAACUGGACACUGACUGAGGUCAUGAAAAAGGGUUUCACACCACUUACUACCCCCGAAAUCAUAAGAUCAUCAGUUGUUGAGAAAUGUGGUUUUCAACCUCGCGCAACGAAUACCCAGGUUUAUUCUAUUGAGGGUAGUGAUCAAUGCCUGAUCGGCACUGCCGAGAUCCCAGUUGGGGGAAUGCAUAUGGACUCCAUUCUUAAUGAGUCAUCUUUACCUUUGAAGUAUGUGGCUUUUUCCCAUUGUUUUCGUACUGAAGCUGGUGCACAUGGCGCGACAACAAGGGGUCUAUAUCGGGUGCACCAGUUUAGCAAGUUGGAGAUGUUCAUACUGUGUCGACCAGAGGAAAGCCAGUCUUACCAUGAAGAGCUAAUUGGAAUUGAGGAGGACCUCUAUUCAUCACUAGGGCUUCAUUUCAAAACUUUGGACAUGGCUUCAUGGGAUCUAGGUGCGCCUGCUUACCGCAAAUUUGAUGUAGAAGCAUGGAUGCCAGGCCUUGGACGGUAUGGAGAGAUAUCGAGUGCAUCCAAUUGCACGGACUAUCAGAGCCGUCGCCUCGGGAUCCGAUAUCGUCCGGAACUGACAACUCCUAGUAAGGGGAAAGGGAAAAAUGCUCCAACGCAGUUUGUGCACACCUUAAAUGCCACUGCAUGUGCUGUUCCAAGAAUGAUAGUUUGUUUGCUGGAGAACUACCAGCAGGAAGAUGGCUCUGUUAUUAUUCCUGAUCCAUUAAGGCCCUUUAUGGGUGGGCUUGAAGUCAUUGCACCCAAGUCCAAGUAGGAUGGACUAAUCUAUUACUUCCGAGAAACCGGCAACGACUACACAGUGAUAUUUUAUAAAACAUUUUUCUGGGCUUAAUUAAAAGUAGAACCUUCUGUACUCUCGGGGAAAAAAAGAGAGGGUAGAACCUUCUGUUGCAGCUUGUGGUGCUGAUAGGACAUUGGUAUAUGUAUCAAUGGUGAUGCUGCUCUGGUCUAUUCUAUGUUUAAAAAUUCAAAGAACAGAAUGGGUGAGCGUUCAUUGUUAAACAAAUGCAGAAUUAUAUACCGAAAGAAUACCAAUCCCUCCGUCCUUAUUUAGACACGUUAAAUAUUUAAUUACAAGAUUCUUCAUAUAUAUUUGAAAAAUAUGAUGAAUAAUUACAUGACUACAUUAGAAGAAAUUUCAUAUAUAGUUUUUAGUUUAAAAAUA